AUGCAUAAUUUAGACACUUUAUUAAUUAAGCAUUUACCAAAUGAUUUUAACGACGAAGAAAAGGAAAAGUUUUUAAAAUAUUUUGGAGCAAAAGAAGUAAAAUGUAUUUCUUCAAAAAGGAAGAAAUAUAAUAUUGCUUUUGCCAGGUUUGAAAGUAUUGAUGCAGCUAAAAGUGUGAUUCAUAGAUUGCAUCAAAUAAAUAUUUUUGGAAAUUUUUUAUCAGUAGAAUAUGCUAAAGAUAAUAAAAUCAAUUUUGCAAAUAAUGAAUCGAAAAUUGAAGCUGAUAAUAAUGAAAACAAAGAAAAUGAAAAAUAUUAUCAACAGUUUAUUGAUAAAUUGACGUCUUGGCAUUCAAAUGUCAACUUCAAACAGCCAGUCCCUUGUCAUUUAAAGUAUCAAUAUCCUGCUCCAGACAAACAAGCUUUAACCAAUAUUUUGAAAAUGUUAAUAACAGUGCCCAAAUUUUACACACAAGUCUUACAUUUAAUGAACAAAAUGAAUUUACCAUGUCCUUUUGGUGAUGACAUUUUACCCAAUGUUAAACUAGAUGUCGAUCCUUUUUAUAAUGAAAAUAAAGAAAAAGAAGUAAAAACAACAUCAGAAUCAGAAAUAUCUUCAGAUGAGGAAGUAAAAGACAAAAAAGAACUUAUACCAAAAUCGUUUAAAGUGAAAAAAAAGAGUAAAAUUAACAUUUCAAAGCCGCUAAAAAUACCACCACCUGUUGUUCAAAAAACCAAAAAGACAUUGUUUGAGGAAGUUUUCGAAAAGCCUUAUCCGGAGAAAGAGACUAAAAAGUUAAAAUUAAGCAAUAUUACAUUGAUUUCGGACCAAAUCAAUCAACCUGGAAAAACAUCUUCUUCCGAAUCUGAAACAACUGUUGGAUUCGCUAAGACUGUUACAGAUAGCGAUUUAAGAUAUAUUUACAAUAAAUAUUUAACUCCUGAUACGCUUAAUGAGCUGAACAUGUAUGUAAAACAUUUUAGUCUUUUAAGUUUUUAA